GUUACCUAGGCACUAUAAUAUUAGGUUUAGUUAUAUAAGUACAAUACAAUAGAAUUUAGGGCGCGCGGCCGAAGUUCAGGACCCCCCACUGUGUCCCUGUAUGGAUCGGUCCCCGCAAAUAUAUGUUACAGGGAACGGCGCUCAAAAAAGGAGUCUUAGCAAACAGCACCUUCAUGAAUCAUGAUGACAUAUUUGGAUGUUGUUGGAGCUGCAAAAGGCCAUUCCAGCAAACUAUUGCGAGGGAUCAUCCGACAUGCCAACUGGGCAUGGUCACGCGUAUGAGCUCACGCCGCCGCCGCCAGGUGCGGUGAGCCCGCUGCAACAGCCGGCGGCGGCGGUGGAGGCGGCGGCUGACGCGCACCACGCGGCGGCUGGCGGCGCGGCGGCUGGUGCCGCUGGCGCGGCCGGCGACGCCGCGGCGGCCGUGCACCACCCAGCCGAGCCGUACGCAGCCGCUGCGGCGGGCGCCGCGGAGCUGCGGCACCGCCACCACACCCCGCCCACCCAGUCCCCCGCGGCCCCUGCAACCCCUGCGGCCACGCGUGCUGCGGCCACGCCCGCCGCUGCCCGCGCGUCCGCGCACGGCUCCGGGGCUGGAGCUUCCGGCUUUCCUGCGGCUGCCGCUGCUAACUCUUCAGCGCACGCGCCGGCGGCAGCUGGCGGCGCGGCGGCUGGUGCUGCCGGUGCGGGUGCCGGCCACCCGGCCGCCCCAUUUGUUGGCUCCAUGGCGCCGGCUAUCAAGGAGAUCCUGAAGCUGCACUACAACUCAGCCCAGUGGCUGCGCGCUGCGGCGUCGGUGUACCCCGCCCGCAGUCCGCUGCAGCUGGCCUACGUGGCGGAGCACAACUUCAUGCAAGCGCGCAUCCGCAGCCUGGAGGCCAUGGCGGCGUGCUACGGAGCCGGCGGACUACCGGUCACAACCGGCGGCGGCGGACUACCGGUCACAACCGGCCCCGCCGUCGGCGCCCCUGGCGGCGGCGCCCCGGCGGCGGACCCCUACCCCACCAUCCCGCCGCCCUUUGCCGGCGGGCUGGGCGCCGCGGCGGCUGUUCCGCCGCUGGGCGGCGCCGCUGGCACUGGCGGCGCCUCCGCCUACCCGCCCAUGUGGUCGGCCGCCGCCGCCGCCACGGCGGCCGCUGCGGCACCGCCGGCAGCGUCUCCAAUGCCGGCCGCGGCGAUGAUGGGGAUGCUGAACCCCAUGGGCUUUGGCGGGCUGCCGGGCGCCGGCGGCUUCGGUUUCCCAGGCGCCAUGUUCCCGCCGGGCCUGAGCACCGGCGGCUGGGGGCCGCUGAUGAUGCCCAACCCGCUGCUGGCGCCGGGCGGCGGCGGCCUCAUGCCGCACCUGGUCCCCGUGCCCAUGCCGGCAGCCGCGGCGGCGGCGGCCGGUGGCGCCACGGGCGCCAGCAGCAGCAGCAGCACCGGUGCCAGCCCGUCUAUGGCGGGUGUGGCGGUGCCGUUGCAUCACCACCAGCUGGCUGCGUCCGCGGCGGCGGCGGCGGCGUCUGCGGUGGCGGCAGCCAUGUUCGGCGGCGGCAUGAUGCCGACUGGCGGCGGCAUGGUGUUCGUGCCGGCCAGGCCCCAGGCGCAGCAGCAGGCCGCGCAGCCACAGCAGCCGGCGGCGCAGGAGCAAAAGCCCGCAGCUGCAGCGGCGGCGCCGGCGGCUGAACCUGCGGCGCCUUCCGACGGCAGCGGCGGGGUUGCGGCCAGCGCCGGUGGCGCUGCUGCCGCCUCGCCAGCCAGCGCUAGUGUUCCGUCAAAGCCGGCGGCUGCAGCUGCUGGGGCCUCCACCGCUGCUCCUGCAACUGCCCAGCCGGAGGCUUCCCCAGCGGAGGCCAGCGCGGGGCAGGCGGCUGGCGCGAAGGUGGAGGAAGCUGCGCCGCCGUCGGCGGCAGCUGUGUCGGAGGCUGGCCAGGCUGCGAAGCCCGAGGCGGCGGCAGCGGUCAGUCCUGCGGAGGGGGGCCACACCAGCGCGGCUGGCGGAGCAGCGGAGGACGGCGCGGCAGCUGGCGAGGCGGAUGCGGACGCGGAGGAGCUGCGGCGCCUGCGGCUGCAGCGCUUUGCGGGGCCGCAGUAGAGGCGCGUUGUGGCGGCAAAAGCAAGGUGUAGGCUGUGUGUUAAACAAAGGUACGGUACUAGAUCUUCGUCGACAGUGUCGCCCUUGGCGUCUUGGCACGAGCGGCAAGCGUAGAGCCGUGUUGCGUGUACGAGUCACACAAGGUUGCUCACAAGGAGGCAGUGGAAGGUCCUGGACUGCGGUGAUCAGGACGUGACGUGCAGGCUGCCAGGAAGGGCAAUUGCAUCGACACUUCAAAAGCGUUGAGGUGUUUAUUUUGAAUUCCUGCUUUGGCAUGCCGAAAGCUCAGACACCGUACGGCCGUGGGGUGGGAGUGUGUGUAACAUGGAUAAUACGGUAGAUGGGCUUUACCAACCCGGUGGGCGCAGGUCAAAUACGCAGCAGGCCCAGCCGCACUGCUACUCAGGCCAGUAGGAUGGUCCGCUGUGGAAAGGGUGGCCUGGAGACCUGGACCGACAGCUCGCACCGGUGCCGAACAUGGGUAUGAACACGCGGCAGGCGCUAUAAUGUCGCGGGUCCGGUCACGCAUGCUGGUAAAUGGCCGACGGUUGAAGAAUCUCUUGCAUUAGCGCAUCAGGGCUUCUGGGCGCAUGGCUGGGCUGGAGCAAGUCCGCACUGCGGGCUCAAAGCGCCUGUGUACGCUUUCAGCUCUCUUCCAGCGCUUUUUAUGCAUGCACAGAAUUCAGCUUUUGCCUUUGCACCCGCUUUGCAGCAACCGCAGCGCAGGCGCGGCCACGGCACUUGCAGGCGCGCUACUGGGUGCGCUUGGCUCCAAGCGCUGGCACUUAAGGCUGGCUGAGCAAAUUAAGGUAUUCAUAUGGAGCAGCUUUCCAGGGCAUUCCGCGCGGGUCAACCCACGGUCAAGCGGGAUGGGGCUUCUUUUCGUUUGCGGGCCAUUCUUUACUUGAGCCACGCGCGGCGUUCUAUAGCAAAAGCUUUCAGUGAGCUCAUACGCGCACACACAUACAUACAACUGUAACAAGAGGAUUGUCGCCUAGGUUGACAAGGGAGCGAGUCUCCCGUUACAGUGUCGCCUAGGUUGACAAGGGAGCGAGUCUCCCGUUACAGUCCUCCCCCCCUGGAAGCGAACGUCCUCGUGAGACCACCAGCGCAUCCGUAGAUGUUUUUUUUUUUUAGGCUCACUGCAGGCGCGGGGUGGGUUUACUGCCUUUGGCCCAGUUGCGUUGUUGCCUCGCUCUCACGGGCCAUCCACCUCAGGGCAAGGAGGGUGUAACCCUCUUGUGCA